AUGGGAAGUUUGCAGCAGCAGCAACAGCAAGGGAGUGAUAUUUCACUUCCUCAAUCAUCGGGUAGUGGAAGCAACCGCAUAGCUGCUAUCGAUGUGGAGGAAACAACCCCACAAUCCUUCUGUGGUAGCAACAGCAAACGUUUUGAUCAUGAUGACCCAAAACAUGAUCAGAAACCUGGAUGGAGAAAGUUUUUGUCAUUUGUAGGCCCUGGUUUCCUUGUCUCAAUUGCUUAUCUUGAUCCUGGCAACCUGGAAACUGAUUUGCAAGCAGGAGCCAACCAUAAAUAUGAGCUACUGUGGGUGCUUUUCAUUGGAAUGGUCUUCGUUCUCAUAAUCCAGUCUCUUGCAGCAAAUCUUGGAGUCAGCACCGGCAAGCACCUAUCAGAAGUGUGCAGGGCUGAGUACCCAAAAUUGGUGAAGUAUUGCCUAUGGUUAUUUGCAGAAAUUGCUGUCAUAGCUGCUGAUAUACCUGAAGUUAUUGGGACAGCCUUUGCACUAAAUAUACUGUUUCACAUCCCUGUGUGGAUUGGAGUUCUCUGCACUGGUUUAAGCACCCUCCUCCUCCUUGGCCUGCAAAGAUUUGGGAUAAGGAAGCUGGAAACGUUAAUAGCAAUGAUGGUAUUUGUAAUGGCCGGAUGUUUCUUCGGGGAAAUGAUAGUAAAACCUCCAGCAUCUGGCGUGAUUAAGGGCAUGUUUGUGCCUAAUCUUGCAGGCCAAGGAGCCAUUCCGGACACCGUUGCCCUCUUGGGCGCCAUUGUUACACCGCACAAUCUCUUUCUUCACUCUGCUCUCGUGCUCUCUAGAAAAGUAUCUAAGACUGUUCGAGGCAUCAAUGCUGCCCGUAGAUUUUACCUGAUAGAGACGGGCGUUGCGUUGUUUGUGGCGUUUUUGAUCAACCUAUCGGUUGUUUCAGUGUCGGGCACCGUCUGCGCAGCCGAUAAUCUUUCGAGUGAUAACCAAGAUCGAUGCAACAAUGUUAACCUCGACUCUGCUUCCUUUCUGCUCCAGAAUGUGUUGGGAAAGUCUAGCUCAACCCUUUAUGCCAUUGCACUUCUUGCCUCGGGGCAAAGCUCUACCAUUACAGGCACUUAUGCAGGACAAUUUAUCAUGCAGGGUUUCUUGAAUCUUAAAAUAAAGAAAUGGAUGAGGAAUUUGAUGACUAGGUGUAUCGCUCUUACACCUAGUCUUAUAGUGUCCAUCAUUAGUGGAUCUCAUGGGGCCGGAAGACUAAUCCUCAUUGCAUCGAUGAUUCUUUCAUUUGAGCUACCAUUUUCUCUGAUCCCACUUCUUAAAUUCAGUAGCAGCUCAGCCAAGACGGGACCAUACAAGAAUUCCAUAUAUAUCACUGUGAUUUCAUGGAUUUUAGGCCUUGGAAUCAUCGGCGUCAACAUCUAUUACCUAACCACAGCCUUUAUAGGUUGGUUGAUUCAUAAUAAUUUACCAAAAGUUGGGAAUGUAUGCAUAGGAAUCAUUGUAUUUCCUCUCAUGGCAAUAUACAUCCUGGCAAUCAUCUAUCUAACCUUCCGAAAAGACACUGUUGUAAUAUAUAUCGAGCCCGAAAAUAAUGACCCAGCUAUCCAAGCUCGGUUGGAAAGUGGGCUAGGCAACACUGACAAGUCCUUCGAGGCUGACAAUGUUCCUUACAGGCAGGAUUUAGCUGACAUCGCACUAUCAGAGUAGGUAGUUUCUGAUCUCUCAAAACAAGUUUGAC